UCAUUCUCGAAUAAAAAUAAAGUUUUAAUUCAAACCGAUCGCACACGCAAAAAGCAGUUGUUUUGGCAAAAUUUCCGGAUGCAAUUUUUUUAAAGCUACAAAAAGGAUUACCGAGAGCAUAGAAUUUGCGCAUGAACGUAGUCAGAAAGAUCGAGGGUUUUCUUUUCUUUUCUUUUUUUUAACUGUCCGCCAUACUUGGACUAGAGUAACUUCCCUUCCACGUGUCUCUUCGCUUGAGAGUGAUCUUAUCCUGCACACGGCAGACAUGACAAAGUCCAGCAAACGAGACUUUUGAACCUCUGGCUUAAAAAAAUAAAAAAUAAAAAUAACCCCACCACAGUCUCUGCAGCUGCUUAUCGUAGUAAGAUGCGGGCUUGAACGAACAGAGGGCGGAAAUUACCUAAGUAAGUAUCUACCGGGUUUUUUUGUGUUGUUGUGGUUCCGGACGUUAAGAAGACGUGCGUGCUCGAUGGAGGAACAGCGGAUUGAUGCAAGCUGGUUUAGAACAGGGGCGCUAGUCACGUGACCGUGGCCUUUUGCAGCCGCAGGUUGUGUAAUCCUGCGACCAUAUGGCCCCUUCAAAAAGCAACACAACGGUCAGGACUGCUCACACUGGACAGCCGAGCAGUUCUGUCAACUUUAAACGACCCUGAAAAGCGCUGAGGAGAGACAGGGGGAGCAACCAACUGACACACCAUGACGAGGUGUGGUGGAGCGCGACAAACCAUCCAGCGCACUGCGACUUCGGCAGCCGUGUGGCUGCUGACCCUGGUGGCUUUGCUGCAGUCGUCGUCCGGUGACCGCUGUCGUGCGUAAAUAUUACCUAGGAGCUGUGGAGGUGGACUGGGACUACGCACCUCGAGGAGACCACACGAAUGUGGGCCACAAUUCGGAGUUCUACUUGAAAGGUGGUUUAAAGAGGAUUGGCAGCAUUUAUACCAAGACGAUGUACAAAAUGUACACAAACGAGAAGUUUGACGAGGAACUGUCGAUGAAGUCUUGGCAGGGCAUUGUGGGAGCGAUCAUGCGCGCCGAGGUCGGCGACACGGUGUACGUGUACUUCCACAACAUGGCGUCCAAGCCUGUCUCCGUCCACGUGCAUGGCGUCUUUUAUGAUUCAUAUAGCGAAGGUGCCGUCUACAAGGGCAAGGACAAGAGGCCGGGGGACUCAGUGGCUCCAGGGGAUGUGUACGAGUACAAGUGGGAGAUCAAAGAGGAGGCUGGACCCGCACAAGGUGACGAUGCCUGCAUCCCCUGGCCCUUCCACUCCCACGCUGAGUACCCGAAGGAGAUCAACGCUGGCCUCGUCGGCGUUUUGUUGGUGUGUCGGAAAGAAAUUUUGAACGAUAAGGGUGAGCGUAAAGACGUGAACCGCGAGUUCGUCGUGCUCCUCAAGGUGUUCGACGAGAACCGCAGCCUCCAUGCCGAGCAAAACAUCGACUGGUGCGGGGACAAAGAAUCUUGCAAAAAGUUGCUGUCUGAAGGGGACAAGGAGUUCUACGCCUCCAACUACAUGCAUUCCAUCAACGGUUACAUGUAUGCACACGGCUCUCCGUUCAGCGUUUGUGGCGGCGACACCAUCGCCUGGCACGUGCUCGCCAUAGGAGGACACUCCGAUGUUCACAGCUUCGUUGUGGAUGGCGAGGUGCUGACACUUGGCCCUGCUAGGAUUAUUUCGGCCGAGGUCCUGCCUGGAACUUUUCAUCACGGCGGCCAUGACAGCUGGAGCUCCUGGAAAGAAACUGAUUUUCUGUGCCGUGUCCAAUCAUCUGGAAGAGGGAGAGUCGGCCUUCCUGGACGUGCACGAUUGUGCAUCCGUCGCUACUACAUGAUGGUGGACGAGUAUCUGUGGGACUACGCGCCCACUGGCAUGGACAUGUACUCAGCAUUCAGUCCAAGUACUUCGCAGCGAGCAAGAACCGUAUCGGCUCCAUGUACUACAAGUACCUGUACUUCCAGUACGAGGACCCCGAGUUCAAAUACCGCAUGUCCCGGUCUGGUAGCGACAAAGCACUUGGGGAUGCUAGGGCCACUCAUCAAAGUGGAGGAAGGCGAGACCCUAGAAGUGAUUUUAUACAACAAUGCCUCUCGUCCCUUCUCCUUCUUCCCUUACGGACUCGUCCCGCAGGACAAGGCCAUGGACAAGAGCGGCUUGCACAACAUUCCUGUGUCUCCGAAGUCGACGUGGAAGUACGUCUAUUUCGUGCCACCAGCCGCGCCGCAACCCGCAGGGGCUCCCCCGUGUACGACCACCAUGUACCAGUCAGCAGUUGACCCCACCAUGGACAUUAACUCUGGCCUAGUUGGCACCAUACUCAUCUGCAAAGCCCAAAUCAAAGAUGGUUAUGAGCGAGUACUGUAUCUGGCGGUCAUAGACGAAAACUUGUCUUGGCUCAUUGAUAAAAACAUCCAAAGCUUCACCGUGUCUUCGGAGGUGUCAAAGGACGACCACGAGUUCUGGGAGUCCAACAGAAUGGCUUCGAUCAACGGACUUUCGUAUGGCAAUGUUUACGGACUGGACUUCUGCAAGUACGACAAUGUGUACUGGCAUCUCUUUUCUUUGGGCGACGAGUCAGACGUGCAGGCCGCGCACUUCCAUGGCCUCAACUUUCUCAUCGACGGACGAGUGAGUGACACGGUGUCCCUGUUCCCCGGCAAGACCACGGCACUCAAGGCGUCCGUCAAAAAGGAAGGAACUUGGGUGAUAGAGAGCACCAACACCAAGCAUUUCGAGGCCGGCAUGUUCGCCAUGUAUGGUGUGGACGAGUGCAGCGAGCCCAAGGCGGAAGCAUACAAGGCAGAAGUCAUCAAUCCACAGGAGAAAGCAAAAGAAGAGAAGAAGAAGUUGGAGGAGGAAGGACCGAUUCGCAAAUAUUUCAUCGCUGCUGAGGAGAUCGAGUGGGAUUACGAGCCUCCCUGGGCCUCCAUGAAAAGUGGAAGGCACCGAAGGAGCAGCGGCGGAUCAGGGGAGGGAAGCAGCAGCAGCAGCAGCAGCGGCUCAGGGGAGGGAAGCGGUGAUGGGUGGAGCAUGAGCAGUGUGUACAAGAAGGCCGUCUUCCGGCAGUACACGGACAAGCACUUCCUGCUGCCCGUCAAGCGCGAGAAGCAGGCUGAGCAUCUGGGCAUCCUGGGACCCAUGAUCCACGCGCAGGUUGGAGACACUCUGGAGGUGGUCUUCAAGAACAUGGCCUCCAAGCCGUACUCCAUCUACACACACGUAGUGGAGACGGACAAGGAGAAUGAAGGCGCCCACUACAAAGACUACACCGACUCGCAGAAAGACGAUAAGGUGGAGCCAGGGGAGUCCUACACGUACCGCUGGAAGGUCCCCACUCCCUUGCAGUUGGCGUCGCCCUGCUUCUCCUCGCUGUACUACUCGGCCGCCAAGUACCCGGAUGACGUGUACUCGGGGCUGGUGGGGCCGCUGGUCAUCUGCCAGAAGGGUGUGCUCAACCCACAAGGCGUACGAGGCGAUGUCAACCAGGAGUUUGCUCUGCUCUUCAUGGUCUUCGAUGAGAACCGCAGCAAGUACCUGCACGACAACGUUCAGACGCACGCCCCCGAGCUGGCUCACUACAAGGGCAUGUGGAGCGACGAGUACUUCGUCAGCCAGAACAAGUGGCACACCAUCAACGGCUAUUCCUUCACGCACGUGCCGGGGCUGGAGAUGCUCAAGGGCCAAGGCGUGGCCUGGCACGUGUUCAGCUUUGGUUCCUCCUCUGACAUCCACUCCGUGCACUUUCACGGACAUCCCCUCCUGCAGGAGGCUGGCGGCCCGCGAGUCGUGGACACUGUGGGCGUGCUGCCCGAGAUGUCGAAAGACCUGCUCAUGCAAGCUAAGAACGAGGGUACUUGGAUGAUCCAUUGCGACGUUUCCGGUCACAUGGAGAUGGGGAUGGUCACCACAUACUCGGUCAAGAGCCCGCUAGACUCCAUGGAGGUCAAGCCCGUCGCAGCUGCCCCGCCGCCCGAGAAGCAGCUGGAACUGGUCAAGAUCCAGGCCGAAACAACAGGCCAAGCAACAGGCCAUCGCAGCUGCCCAGGCGCAGCUGCAGCAGGCGGCGGCGGCAGCUGCGGCUGUGCAGGCGGCAAAAGCUCAAGGAGCUGCGGAGGCCCUGGCCCAGCAGGCGGCGGCGGCCCAAGCGCAGGCCCAGGCCCAGGCCGAAGGGACAGCUCUUGGAGUGAAAGAAGCCCAGGAUAAAAUCAAGGAGCUGCAGAAGAUCGCCGAAGAGAAA